AUGGGAAUUUAAUGUUCAAAACGAAAAGCUAAACCAUCUGAACAAUUCGAAAUUCGCACUUCAUAAACUCAAACUUCCCCUUAGAAUCAACCUACAUCAAAAGAAGCUUUAAUAUAUUGUGAUUCAAGUGAAUUAGCAACUUUUAUGAGAACUAAACCAGUCAAAACAUUUCUAGCUGAUCUAAUGAAGAAGAAAUAAAUUUAAUUAGACUCUUGUGAUCAAAUGGCAGCUAUAAUUGAAAGCAAAUCUGAAAUAAUAUUGAGAUGUUAUAAUGAUUUCACAGAGAAAGCAUUAAAGAUUAAAUUGAAGGUCUUAGAAUACUAUAAUGAGAAUUAUUUAAGAUAUAAAUAGUAAACACAUGAUUAAAGUACAAACUAGGAACUCUUGGCUAAUGAAACAAUGCAAGUAAUAUUUAUAUAUAUUAAUCUAAAAGCUAUUGCUGGAGACGAUAAUCAUUUUAAAUUGUUUAAUGGAUAAAAAUUUUGAUCAAGACUCAGAAUUAUGGUGGGGAGAUGGUUAUUAUGAUGAUAGAAUCUCAGUUCUUUCUGUCUCUUAAGAUACAUCUUAAUAAAAUGAUAAAAUAGUUCAACCCAUUUAAUAAUAUCUCAAUGCUUUAAAAAAUACUAUAGUUCAAUCUAUACCUAUUCAUGAAUAACAAAGAGUAACUGAAUAGCCUUAAUCAAUUGCAAAUAGUACAGCCAUUGCAUAAGUACAUCUUACUAAAUUUUAUCAUGAUUUGAAAUUAUAGUUUGUUAGAGAUGUUGAUGAGGAAAAGGUAGAUGCAUGA